UUGUAUCCCUUAAUCUCCUCCCAUGCUCGAAAUAAUAUAUAUUCUGGUUUCGAGCACAGUUUUUUGUCAGUAAGCUUCUUAAUUGAUUCAAGAAGCUUCUUUCAAGACGAAGAUGUCGAUAGGAAAAGAAAAUUCCGAAAACUUUUCUUUGCGCCGUUUGCCGAGCAUAGUCUCGCGAAACCUUCCUCUUUGCCUUCAAUUACAUCUGAAAACGAUUUGUAAACCUUAUUAUGACCGUCCCUCAUUGGUUGUCCGCGAAUUCCAUUAUCAAGAAGUUCGUGCAUUUAACCCAACCCAAGCCGAAGAAACGUAUUCAAUGGUCACCGCUAACCGCUUUUGGUCCCAAAUCUUUGGCGUUGCUUUUUUCCAAUAAACGUAGGCUUAGCUAGCAUUACUAGCCGUGAUAUACCGAACCACGACAAGUAUAUUUUUACCAGCUAGUCAACCCUAACAUCCCGUCGAGCAAUAGCCCGACGGUAAUGAGUAUAACGACCCUAUUGUACUGAUGGAGAGAAGAACCUAUGAUUAGCUUUUCGGGAAAUUUCCAAACGAACAAUUUCAACGAAAUCUUCAAUUUCUUAUUUUACUAUGUUCAACUCUCCCGGAGGUUUGCCUAGAAGCAGCCACCCUUGAAAGAGUGCGUAAUAGCUCACUAAUCGAGCGCUCUUGCGCCGAAGAUGAACGGGGCUAAGCGAUCUGCCGAAGCUGUGGGAUGUAAAAAUGUUCUCAUCUCGAUAAAAAAGUCUCUCUCAUCAUCUCUGAUCUCAUCUUCUCCGCUGCUCUCUCUUAAUCUUCUCCCUCAUCUUUCUUUGAUCCCUCUUCACCGCUGCCUUGGCAUGGCCAGUGAUGGCACCAUCGUGGGUUGGAGAAACGACUUGGUCCCAUAGAAAGAAAUAAUUACUGUAAGAAAUCAUAUUCGACCAGUAGAUGUCUUGGUUUGGUGGCGACUAGUUGCGUUGGGUCGACGAACUCCGACAACCCAGAGAUUAUGGAUUUUUGGUGGAGGAGGAAAUAUGGAUGGGAAGAAUUGAAAGCGGCGAAUUGCCGCGGAGGAGGGAUUAGGGAUUUGCGUUCGAGGAGGAACGGCAGAAUCAACAUUAACUGCUCUACUCCUAACCAUAACAAGCGGGGAGCCUUCCUUCCCUUCCUGAUUGACAAUCUCUCUCCGAUAACCACCGCACUCCUCCCGAUCUACGCACUCGCCACCUAGAAAUCCAUAUUCCAACCUUAGAUUGUCCUCUCACCAUCCAUCCCACACCACUGCGUCUCUCCCUCAAUGCCGUCAGGUCGUGAUUCUUCCUCGAUGCCUAAAAUCCAGGGCCUAGACAGACAACAAUGAAGAAGAAUCGAGCGCCACAACAGGGAAGGAGAAUCAAACACCUCUUCUGCUUUUGACACCGUCAUGGAGGUCGACAGAUCCGGUUUCAUUAGCAAGAUGGUAGAUGCGAGAGAAGAGGUCGUCGGUGUAUUUGAUGAGAUUCCUUUUGUUUUGAUUUAUGCUAUUCUUAAAGUGGCUACCAAACUUUAUACCGUUUUUUUUUGUUUUACCUCUUUUUUAAAAUAAGAAUUAAUAUUUCUCCGAGGAUAGUUUUGAAAACAAAAAACUUCAGACAUGUGAUUAUUACUCUUGAAAAAUUAACGUCUCACCCACCCUUCUCUCUGACACGCUAAAACGCAACCCAAACUGCGACCAAGUGUAAUCGCAGUCCGGAAAUGCAAUAAAGUGGCAAGCUCUAUUUAUCAACCCGGGGUCUAGAUCUACUGCCUACUCCUUGAUUAUCAAUUAUCUAGCAAACUAAGUCGAGUAAUUGUGAUUUUAAGUAAAAGUAGUAAGAAAGCAGGAAAUGGUUCAAAGUUCUAUAGCAAGGGAAGAGUCACUCGGGAAUGAGUCCCCCUAGCUCCUUAGUUAGGUCAAGGUUGUAAUUACCCUGGGUUGAUUAACUGUUGAUUAAACUGCGGAAGAUCCGACAGUAGUUUGGAAUCUCUUGUAUAACCGAUCGAUUACUCUUGUAUAAUCGAUCUUCCACUACCAAUUGAUGAAGCUCUAACAACCUAAUCAAAUUCUAUCUAUCUUAGGUUGCACCAGAAAUCAAGAAAAGAUGAUCAGGCUUCAAUUGACUCAAUGAAUCAUGCAUCAAUCGAUUAAAAUCAAUUAGUAUAUUAAUGCCAAGUUAUUACAAUCAAGAUUCCUAACACAUGGAACUAGGGUUCUUCAUACCCAAAUGAGAGAAGGUUCUACUCCAUAGAGAGAGAUAAAAAACAGAAAUCAGAGUAGUCAUACUCAUAAAGAUGAGGAUAAUCUGCUCUGGGAUGACGAUCUUCACUCCUGGGGAUGCAAUCUGGGCUUCAAUGGUGAGAAAUCCACUCCAAAUAGCUCAUAGGGUUUGUUCUUCGCUCUUUCUCUCUCUAAAGCUCUGUUUUUUUAUUAAAAACUCGAUUCCUUUUCCUUUGGCUCGAAUCUUCCUCAAAAACCCGAUUCUGGGCGAAAUACGGGCUGAAUUACGGUCGUAAACAUGGUCUGCCCGUAUUUCUCCCAAAACGCGCGUUUCACUUAACACCGAGGAAGUGAAUUACGGUCGUCAUUUUCAGUUUACUGCCCGUAAUAAUGUAAUUACGACCAUAAAUCAAUCCACUCUUGCCCGUAAUUUGCUCUUUGACAGACAUUCUCAAGGAUUUGGCUCGGCAUUGCAUUUACGGUCAGGACAGAGGCAAUUACGCCCGUAAUUGUGCAGAGGAUGCCCGUAAUUUGAAUCUUGAAUCGCCAACUGAUCUCCAAAUGACUCGAAACUUGCGCCUAUGCAUCCCUUACUCGCAAGGACCUGAGAUACGACAAAACAACACAACCUAGCGAAAAUAGGUCAAAGAACCACAAUUUCGAGCUAAAAUGGUAAGGAAACAAGAGUGCAAUCAUGUGCAAAUACGAUGCUAUCACUCUCCCAGUCGUCUCCCUCCCUCUCCCUGACGAGGAGGUGUCACUGCCCUCCCUCCUCUCUCCCUGUCUAUACCCAGCGAGAAGGUGUCACCCUCCUCUCCAUCUCCUGACCUUCCUCUAUCUCUCUCUUCCCGUCUUGCCUUGGUGAGGAGCUAUCGCCGAUGAUUUGAUGCUAGUGCGGCGACGAUGAUUCACCUGCAUACCGCUCUCUCCCCUUCAUCACGUCGCCAGAACCAGCCGACCACAUUCUAGAUAUGUUUUUUUCCAUAUUGGUAUGUAUUUUUUCGUAUUGGUAUUAUUUUUUAUGUAUUGGUAUUGAUUAUCAUGUAAUGGCAUUGUUGUUAUCGUAUUGGUAUUGAUCUUCAUGUAUUGGUAUUGGUUAAAUCUGCAAUGGUAUUAGUUCAUAAGUGGUAUAUGUUAUGGUAGUGUUUUUGCAAACGUUGUAGUGGUAUAGUGUUUUAUGUUUUGGUAUUGAUUUCUUGUUAUAUUUCUAUAAUGGAAUUGGUAUUUUUUGAAGUGGUAAUGUUUAUUUAAUGGAUUGAUACUGAUAUUGAUUUCUUGUUUUAUUUUUACAGUAGUAUUAGUUAAGCUGAACGAAGACACAAAAAAGAUUGAGAAAAAGAAGGCGGAGAGGUGGCUGGACAUCUGCGAAAGUGAGAGAGAGGAAGAGAUAAAAUUUUAAUUAGUAUGUUUUUACUUCCUAAAAUGUAAUUUUUAAAAAAUUAAUAAUUUUCUCCCCCAACUUAGUUUUAUUAGCUAUGGUGAUUAAAUCACCAUAACCUCUCCCUGCAAAUGUUACGGAAACAAGCUUUUUCAAGCAACUCCUUUCGACACUGUCACGACCUAGAUUGUCGUGACCGUGCUAACCAACUAAGUGAGGCGUUCCAUCUGGUUAUCUAGCCAGAAGAGGGGUAGAGGGGAAUACUAAAUCAUUAAGGUGUUGUCUGCCCAUGCAUCAUUCUGGCCGAGUUAGACAUGCCGACCCGUUUUAGUCUGGGUAGAUUGUCGCUUGAAACAACUCGAUCCUUUUGAAACCAAAACCAUAACUCAACCAAAAAAGGGUUACUCUGGAGCAACCCAAACCACGUGGAAAAGGCAAAACAAUAACCAAUACCUUUAAAAAUCUCAAAGGAAAGGCCCUAAAACACUUGGGCGACCUCAAUUCGUAUCCGAUAAACACAAUCCUUGAGUUCCAAUAUACUCAGAGAGACAUGAAAAGAAGACAAGAAUAAUAAAUGGUUCCAUCUCGUUACCCCGAUCCUUGCGAUAUCUCCAAGUCUGGCGCGGCUAUCCUUCUCGGGUAACCUCCUCGUGAUGAAUACGUCCUCCUCCCCUCUCUACACCUGGUGAGUGAGAAGCGGCCAGUCUCGUCGUUACUUCCUAAGGUCUUUACCCUAAGCAUUUCCUUACUAACACAUUAUUAGCUUUGCUCCUGUUAGAUGAAAGUCGUUCUCGCUCCCAUCCUUACUAUUUUAUUCCAAUAUAACUCAUAUAAGUUCUCGACUUCUAUCCUUAUCUCAUAGAAGUUCUCCACUUCUAUCCUUAACUUAUAGACAUCAAUACCAGGGACCACCGCGUUACGUCUCGCUGUCUGUUAUCCCUACCUUGGUAUGCCAACUGUGUUACGUCUCAUCGUCGGGUUGCAUACCCAAACUUGGCAAUGGUGUUCGUUACUUCUCGUCGUCCAACCCAUGCCCUGUCAACUACUACGUUACGUAUUGCCGUCCAGCAUAUCUUACCAUCUACCGGUCUAGUAGUGGCCAAAUUGCCCGGGGUUCAUCUUACUAUUAAUCAACUACUGCGUUACGUAUCGUCGUCCAGCAAUGAUCCGACCAUCUACUGGUCCAGUAGUGACCCAACUGCCCGGGGUUCAUCUUACCAUUAAUCAUAUAUCAACGCACACAUUCACACAUACACCAGCAUAACGCGUGCCUCUAUCUUAAGUAGGCGGUGGGAUGUCUCACACACAUAAUCGCGCAUAAUUCAAAAAAUUAACUAACGUUAC